AUGUCGAGAGAUAAAAGCAAGCGAAGAGGGGAAAAAGCGAACAGUGGCAAUUACUGGCUUGAUUCCAUUAUAGAGGGGAAGACAGUACUUGUUCCUUGCGAUAUGGAAACAGCGGAUGCUGAUGAAUGCAAGGCCUCGUUACCUGUCUGUGACACGAAUGCCAUUUGCCAGAAUACCCCUGACUCGUAUAUUUGUGCUUGUAAACCUGGAGUUAUUGCAGAUGGGAGAACUUGCACUGCUGUACUAUCUUGCGAGGCUUUAGGAGUAGAAGAUCCAAACAUCAUACCUGACGUCCAAAUCACUGCGAGUUCCAAUUAUCUCAGCUAUUAUCCACACAAAGGACGGCUCAAUGGAGACAGCGGUUGGUGUCAGCAGUCUUCUAGAAUCACCGAUGACUAUAUACAGGUUGAUAUUGGAGCAGGACGCACAGUAUGCGGAGUCGCCACGCAAGGAAAGGCAAACGGAUCGUUUAUAAAAAGCUACAGGCUCUCCUUUUCUACUGAUGGUACCAGUUGGACUGCAUAUAAAGAGCAAAACGUCGAAAAGAUCUUUGAAGCGAAUUCAGACUUGAACACCAUUAUAAAACACACACUGAAUAACCCAGUCCAAGCAAGAUACAUUCGAUUUUAUCCGGUCACCUUUUCUCAGUACCCUUGUAUGAGGAUCGAAGUGUUCGUGCAGUAAAUGAGAAAAUCAACAACAGGGCAAUUUUUCUGCAUGAACCCUCCUUAGUCUUGCAUGACGGAAUGGUAAAAGCGUUGGUGGAUGCUUUAAAGAGGCCAAGUAUUAAAAAGUUUUCGACCCCUUCCUGCGUAGUUUACGGGCCGUUUCUCGGUGGUUUCGGUAACCUAACGGGCCUGUAAAGCCGUUCUAUGUUUAUUCAAGAUGUUAGUUGUGAAAAUUAUACAUGAGACAUAGUAGGUAAAGAAACAAAAUGGGCUGGUUAGAGUGCCAGAACAUGCUGCACCAAUCUUAAAAUUCUGAUUUUAAAAUAUUGUCUCGAGUCCGUUAAGUUAACGGAACUUUCGCGGAACAGGCCCCUUGACCCGAUCCGAAUGUGUGCAUAAGAUAGAAGUCGCGUGUACUUUGCAUAUUUUUUGUUGUAUGUUAAUCUUACGUAAACAUGAGAAUGCCCUUGUCAGCUCAAAUAACAUAUUUUGUAUUUGCUUUAAAAUUUGUU